GCACCGCGGCUCGGAGGUGAUCAAGCUCUGCAUCGACGAGAUCGAAGUGAAAGUUCACCGCCGCGCAGGCACCGUCAACGAGACUCUUCGACUUUCCCUGUCCUCGUUGGGCGGUGGCUUCCUGAAGCCCAAGAUGCUCCGGGAGAUCCCAGAUCCGGUCACUGGCUACCCUCUCCGCCACACG